GAAGUAGCCGAUUUCGUUACGCUGUCAUUUUUACUGCCAACAAAAGUAACAAAACGCUACAGACAGAGCUCAUAUGUCAUAAUUUCUACUCGUUAUUGUAGUGUUUUAGUUAUCAAUUUUUAUAUUUAAAGCAAUAACAUAGAUGUGUUAAGAGAAUUAAAAAAAAAAAUUAAAUCCAAUUUUAUCAUUAGUGUGUGAAUUAUGGGGUCGUGAUAAUUACUUCGGAGUUGUCAAAAUUAAAAUUGUUUCGUUUCAAAUCCACUUGAACUUGGUCGAGUUUUGGUAUAGUUAAAUAGCGUUCAGUGCCAACAGUGUGGUGUGUAAGAUUCUAUUUUUUGUUACGUUCGUGAGCAGACUGUGAAAUAAUUCGACAAUGUCUAAAGUGUCCCUACAGAAUAUACCAUCCAAUCCAAGAAUCAAUCGGCUGAGAACGUACUCUAGGACUGAAAGCGAAACAUCAUGCGAGGAGGCGGCGCGACUGACGGCAGAGGGGGCCGAAGACGAUGACGAGGCUUACGACUACGGGGCUUUACCCCCGCCCCCCGACGGGGGCUACGGCUGGGUUGUGGUUUUCGCCUCCUUUAUGUGCAACCUCAUAGUCGACGGCAUCGCAUACACAUUUGGAAUAUUCCUCCCAGAGCUCGUCACGUUCUUUGGAGAGGGGAAAGGAACGGUGGCGUGGGUCGGAAGUUUACUCUCCGGCGUAUACUUGGCUGCUGGUCCCAUAGUAUCAGCGCUAUGCAACAAAUACGGGUGCCGAGCGGUGUGCGUGGCGGGCUCGCUGGUGGCGGCGUCGGCUUUCGUGCUCUCCACGUUCAGCAAGAGCGUCACCGUCAUGAUGAUCACCUACGGCCUGCUUGGAGGCAUAGGCUUCGGUAUGAUCUACCUCCCGUCAGUAGUGGCCGUGGGCUACUAUUUCGAGGCACGGCGUUCCCUUGCCACCGGCAUCGCCGUCUGUGGCUCCGGCGUUGGCACGUUCAGCUUCGCGCCGCUUGCCGCCAUCUUGCUCAACGAGUUCGGCUCGUGGCAGAACGCUAAUCUGCUGCUGGCUGGACUGAUUCUGAACUGCGCGGUGUUUGGAGCGCUUAUGAGACCGCUAGUCUAUCCUAAGUCAUCUGGAGAGAAGCCUCUCCUACAACGCAUGGCGGAAGAGAAGCGACUCCAAAUGGAGCGCGGCUCCAUCGGCGGCUCAUACUUCGUGGUCCAACUGCCCGACGGUACUAUGGAGAAGAGGCUGAAGGCCACGGACAAGUCAGGGCAAUCUUUGCAGGCCCCGCUGAAUGUGGACCCCGGCGUGCACUCGUCGCUCAACCUGGAGGCGCUGGCGCGCGUGCCCACGGUGCCCAACAUGCCCGGCGUGCCCACCGUGCCCACGCUGCCCACCAUCACGGAGGCGAGGGUUACGGAUGAUAAUGGAGAUAAGAAGAAGGUAUCCAAAUCUGUCGUAUUUGGCUUUCGCCAUGGAAGUGUCCGAAGGCCGAGGGCACGUGAGGGGGAAAAUGGUGUCACCAACGGCAGCAACCAGAUGUCCCGCAACGUCUCAUCGCCGGCCUUUAGCGCGCAAGCACCCGGGUUGCCCAAGAACGGCUCCGUGCCGUUCUUCGACCGCCAACGCAAGCAUAGCACCGGCGAUAGAUUCAAACCGUCCUUAGCUGCUAUUAAAGCUACGUCCAAAACUUCCAUGAAUAGUCAAUAUAGAAUCGAUGGCGACACGGAGAGCGUGAUGUACAACUCCAAGCUGUCGGUGGCGGGUGCGCGCGAGCCGGCGCGCAUGGUGCGGCCCAUGUCGCGCAAGGACAUCUUCUACUCCGGCUCCGUGCUCAACCUGCCGCAGUACCAGAGCCAGAAGAGCCUGCAGGCCUACAGGAACUCCGUGCUCAGCCUACCGCAGAGCAGGCAGGCCGCCGACGCGGAUGCGGACGCGGAAGCUCAACAAUACGACCUAUGCCCUUGCUUAUCGCUGCCCCAAUCGUUCAAGUCCGCCCUCGGGUCCAUGCUGGACGUGAGCCUGCUGCGCGACCCCGCCUUCAUGCUCAUCGGCGUGUCCAACAUCUUCGGCAUGGCCGGCCUCUACGUGCCCUUCGUGUACAUCGUGGACGCCGCCAUGCUUAAUGGUGUAGAGUCAUCGCAAGCUUCCUUCCUCCUAUCCAUCAUCGGCAUCACGAACACAAUCGGCCGUAUCGCUUGCGGCUGGGUCGCUGACUUCCCCUGGAUGGACUCACUGUUGCUCAACAAUGUCUGCCUUGUUAUUGCCACGAUAUCUGUUGCCGCGACGCCAUUCUGCGCAUCUUACGGUUCUUAUGUCGCGGUGGCCAUUUUCUUUGGGAUCGCUAUUUCGGGCUACAUCUCCCUAACGUCCAUCAUCCUGGUGGACCUGCUGGGGCUGGACAAGCUGACGAACGCGUUCGGGCUGCUCAUCCUGUUCCGUGGCGCGGCCGCUAUCGUGGGCUCGCCGCUAGCCGGCGCCGUGUACGACGCCACCAGGAACUACGACGCCUCCUUUUACAUGGCGGCCGCCUUCUUCCUCGCUGCCACGCUCACUUCCUUUGCUGCUCCCUUGUUCAGAAGGAAACCCGACGAAGUCCAGCAGCCGGUGGACGUGCUGACCCCCAUCGACGAGGACCUGGAGGAGGCGGACGAGGACCCCGACGACACGCCCAUCACCAUGGGCAUGGCGCGCGGCACGGCCACCGCUCCCGCCAUCACCCGCACCGCCGCCUCGCCCACCGAGCCCGCCCCCGUCGCCGAGCUCAGCCAGCGGGAGAGUGUACUCUAAGGACACGAUAUAAGGUCGGAUUCGCCUCGAACGUUCAAGGGGCCGAGGGAGUUAAACGUGUCUUUUGACGCGAUACCACAGAAUAAAUAAUAGUACUCUAGGUACAGAAGAUUCACUCUCUAACAAAACGCGUCAAUUAUUACAGAUAUGAUCGCUAGGUGACGCAAGCGCGAGCAGGCGUCCGUUCCGUAGCGGUGCGCGGCAAAUACUAUGGCUAGACACCAAAAUAGGUGUGGGCCGCAUGUACUUGUAGCGACGCGACGAAAUCGCGGAGUGAGCCACGCCUGGCGAUACGUGGCAUGUACGAAGUUGCGGAAAGUUUCCAAAAAACUUGACAAGAAAUAAACGAAAAGAAAAUUGUUGAAAUGGAAUUUUUUAUUAUGAGAAGUUAUUUCAUGUGGAAAUUUCGUGACUUUGGAAACUCUCCGACUGCUCAUCGGUAUACGUAGCGAUACGCGAAAUCGCUGUAUAUUUUUUAAAGAUAAAUGUGUUAUACUCUGUCGACUUGGUCAGUAGAAGAAGGCGUGAAAUACAAAAUUUGCAUGGGAGGUCGAUCCUUCGCGCCUACAUUUUUAUAAUUUGCCGCUCUUUCCUACUGACAAACCUAGCUUGCCAGUGUAUAAUUUUGGUCACGAGAGAAAACUGCACAUUUAAGAGGAGCAAUAAAACUGCUGAAGUCAAUGCUCAAUAUGGCAUAGUUGCGAGGCUCCAUAAAAAGGCUGUUAUGAAACUUGUACAAAUAUUUUGAUAGGAACCUUAGCGACUUUGCCAUAAGAAGCAUUUUUAAAUGGCAGUUUUAUAAAACCUUACCUUUCACACUAGGUAUAGGUAACAUAUAAGUAUAGUUAUAAAUAUAAAGCGUUGUUGGCAUUAAGCAAAAAGUACGUUCAACCUUAAUGAUACCUAGGUUGGAAAUAUAUAACAUCCAACAAUUGCAUCACAGUAAAACCUAUCGUAUUUAUUUUCCUAAGGGUUUAUUUUUCUAAUUACCGAAUACAUAUGAGUUUUACAUAUGUGCAAAUACAUCGUUGUGUCCAUUACUCAUUAAACUAACCUAAGUUUUAAUUAAAUAUGUACAGAUUGUAUUGAUAUGGAUCACACAAAGCCCGUAGUUCAGUUUGUUUAAAUUUAAAGUAAUGCUUUGCUAUGUAUCUUCGGUAUUUAUAUUAAUAACAAAAAUACGAUCUCAUAGCCCGAAGAUACUAGCAAAGACCACUGACAGUUAUGACCAAUAUUUUUACCGCAAGUUUUUACCUUAGUAUUUUAACGACAAAUACACCAAUAUCGAUAAUUGCCGUCUUGCAAGCCCAUUUUGGAAUGUGGCUGAUUGGUCUAUGUGUAGAUCUUCAAUUAUAGUCUUCAUCUUCUUUUAUGCCUAAGACAGUAAUCUGUUAAACAAAAGCCUGUGUAUCUAUUGUGACGGGCUCUAAGCUUCCAACUUUGGCAUGUGGCAAAGCCAUAAUGCCGUUUAAAAAAUAACUGAAUCGCGAUAGUACUAGAGUUAAAAUCUUUCUGACAGCUCAUUCAAGAUAACACAGUUUGGUAAUGUGGUUCGGUCGACCACCCCGAUAUAGGCGAGAAGAUGAAGACUAUACUUACAUUGUUUAUAUUUUUACAAAUGUAUUGUGUUGGCCAUACUAUUAAAUAAAUAAAUUUGGAAAGCGUGGGGCUAUCUGGAAUUAAAAUAAUUAUUUAUAAGUGGAAAAAAUUCAUUACACCGUAUAAAACAUUUGUUCCAACGAGCAGUGUAUUUUCAAAAGGGCUUAUUUUUGUAGGGUUUUCGUAUAGAAAUGAGCUCUUUUGAAAAUGCACUCCUCAACUAUAGAAAUAGUGAAAAUAUGCGACCUGAACAUUUAUAAUCCUUUUAGUGUCAACUAACCCCACGGAUUUCGUAUAGGGGGCAAAAUUAUUUUCGUUGUCUUGUUUUUUGUCCCCAAAAAAUGUGACGGAGUGAAGAUUUUUGUAUGCGAUACAAUUUAGUUUUUAAUGUUUCUCAUUUAAAAUAUAAUCUACAGCUAGAAAGACAUGCGAUAUCACUUGACUUUUUUAUUUAUUUGAUAGAAGACGUAUGUAUACACGUAGUCAGAAACAAGACAAGGAAUAGAAUUUUGACCCGACUCACGAUACGGCACCUUACGAGAUUCUAAAUAAUAUAAAUAUUGCCGUGUUCAAGAUGAUAUUCAACUAUUUAAUAAGAAUGUGGCGUACCACAUUUUGAUAGUGGAAUUGACUGCAAGCAAUAAUUUUACACAGAUCCGUUGCACAUUUGUCUAGGGAACUAAUUCUGACGUGCCAUAUGUAACGUGCGUUGUGGUGCUAGCGGUGACACCGAUCGAAACUACCACUCAAUACUCAGAAGGAAAUGCUUAAGAGGAAACAGGGGGUUGACAACGUCUUGUAAGAGGAAAAUAUAAAUUUAGAAUAUUUAGAAAGUGCGAAGGUGAUCGAUUCGAAGUCUAAAAUGUCAUUAGCAAUAAUAUUUGUACUUAUAGGCUGUAAGUACUUAGAUUCAAAACAAUAUAAAAAGCAAAAAAAUAUUAGAUCCUUUCAUCUUACCCUUUUCAACAAUCCAAAUAUAUAUCGUACUUCCUCUGACAGUUGAAAUUUCUAAAAGAGACAAUAAAUGAUUUAUUUAUCUAAAUACGCCUAAUUUCAUAGGACUCCGUGUUAGAAUUAUAUUUUCCUAUUAAUUGUGGAUUACACAAAAUGAAUCUAGUAUUUUGACAUGCAUGUCGUUUUGUAAAUAGUACCAUUAAAUAAUGCACAAUUGUAUAUACACAAGUAGGUAGGAUGUUUGAAACAAUCAUGGCACUUGACUACGUAUACAAUCUCGAACACUUCCUCGCUUUAUGGCACCUCUACACUAUCGGCGAUGAUAGACGAUGAGUGGCGCGCACGAUAGUGUAGAGGGCAUACUCGGCAAUCCCGGCCAGUCAUCGUCUAUCAUCGCCUGCGACCCGUGCGUUGUCGGUUUUUUGGGCACGCAUCAAAGGGAUUCGCCGGGUGGCUGCGUUGUACAGGCGAUCAUCGCCGAUAGUGUAGCGGAGGCAUUAAACGUAGCUUGCAACUAUCCUCUUAUUGUCAUUGACAUAAGGUUGAAAAUGUCAACCUUACAGUAAGGAUGGCAAAUGAACUGCUGUACGAUAGAACUAAGAAGACUAUAAGUCAUUUUAAUGAUACGCGAAUAGAUCGGUAUAUUUGUAUUGUGUGUUUACUGUAAGAUACAUUUUGAAACUUGCUAUAGCAAUGUGUUGAAUUUUCGAGCUUGGCUUUUUCCUUAUAUUUCUUGUGAAGUUUAGAUACUGUUUACGUCUUCGGGGUCAUUUUCGUUGAGAUUUUUGUCUCGACGGCGUUAGGUAGGUAGGUAAGUGAAUUGUGAACCGCCGUGAAAUCUAUGUCAUCCUAUCGAUAUCCUCAUUUUGAAGUAGUAGUGGUGUAGACCUGCAUCGUUCCACGUGCCAUGGACACGAACAAGUUUGUAAAUAAGUGGGUAACGUAGGAGACAGUGAGUAACGCAACGCAGUCAAUUUUCGACUCCCGGGACUGGGACUUGCCACUCAUGUAGCGGACGCAGAGUACCUAUAUAUUAAUAUAUUUUUGUGUAACUGUAUAUAUAUUUUUCUGUCAAUAAACUGCAUAAUUUAGCUGUAAGUUGUACGUAUAGGAGCGCAUAAGGGUUUAAGGAGGUAGGAAAUGGUAUUAUGUGAUAAAUAUAAUACAAAUACCGAUUAUUUGUUUUGUAACACUUAUAAUAUUUUAUUGAUAAUGAUAUGCCUAUUAUGAAAUAUAUAAUAUUAAAAUUAGGUUUUCAUUUAUAAGGUUUAUUAAAGUGGGAUAAUGUUACAAAUUGUAUAAAAAAAUCUUAUUAAGGAUUAUUCUGAAAGUUAGUAAUGUUACUGUUGUUAUAGCUUUAUGUAAAAAACCAAAAGUGUUAUUAUGUUUUUAAGAUUGAAAAAAAUAAAGUGUCAUGUGAACUAUACCGGGGUUAGAUAAUUAUGUGCUUAUGCCAAUGUGAUGAAGUCCGAAACGCAUCAAAUGUCCGAGGAUCAUUGGUUUUUAUUUAGUUAAGACUCAAUUUAUGUCUAUGUAUUUUAAUAUCUAGUUCAAUUUUACUUGGCAAAAAUGUUAUGUUAUGUAUUUAAUUCAGUAUUGGUUAAUAAGUAUUGUUUUUAUCUAAGAAACGCUGUUUACGCAUUAAUCGGCUAAACAAUCGCAUACAAGUUUAAAUAAAUACUUCCAGGUCGGCGUAGGUACCGAAAGUUGAAUCCAACAGAGCCACUACGCUGCAAAACUACCUAUCCCUCAAAUAUUAUUUGCCGUAGUUUUUGCUCGUAAAUAAUGAUUGGUUCAUUUUUAUAAGAUAGACUGUCUCAUCCAUCAUUAAGUACAGAUUCUAACUAAGCUCUAUGAUUAUAUUGCUACCUACGCUGUAUGAAACCUUUUUUAAUUAAGUGUGUUUUAUAAAGCUUAAUAGCGAUAGCUAUUUUCGUGCAAUCAAAGUAUAAAAUGACAAUGAAAAUGGUUUAAUGCUAAAGAGCAUUGUUCUACAUGUGGUGCAGGGUGUGGUGUAAUCCAAGUCGCUUAGACUCAUAUUCAGAUAAUUUCAGACAUAUUUCAUGAGCUAUACGCGCUGUAGUUUAAAUUAAGAUUUAGAAAACGCUGUUUAACAAUCUUCCAGGCCGCACCAAUCUACAAGAUUUCCCCAAAAAAUCCAAAUAAUAUAUUCCAAUUAAGUAAUCCAGCUUUGAUGAUUCAUUUGAAGACAAGUCACAUGUCUCGAAAGUCAAAUCUAAUUUGAACCUUAAAUUGGAAUGCUGAGGUGGAAAUUCUAUUGGCUUGUAUGUGAUCUAUGCCUGGAAAAGGGUUAAAGCGCAUAGAACAUGGAGAAUAAAGGAAAAUUUGCAGCACUUUAACUAUUUCGAAUUUCAGACAGUUCUGACUGAACUACAAAUAAAUUGUACUCGACAAGGUAAUGCCAGUGCCACAUAAAGAGGAACAUGUUAGUUAUCAUGUGUAAACAGCUUCAUUUCAAAGUAAGGGAACCGAGUUAUAAAGCAACCGCUUCAAUAAAUGUACAAAACGUGCUAUUUGUUGACUAUAUCCACCGAAACUUUUGUAUAUAACAGACUCAUUAAAUAUAAUGAUGACUGAA